ACUAGAUAGAGGGAGGGGAAAGUUCCAUCUCUGUAGUCGUAUGAGAAUAGAAACAAACAGUGGAGGAAACGGGUCGCAUAUUAACCGUUUGGCACUUCAAAUUGACGCAGGUGACUCAGUGUCGUCCCUCACACCAUGGAUCUCAACCAAUUCAACGAGAAACAAAAAGCUGUUUUAAAACAGUUCCGAGAAGCGUUAAACGACUGCCAACUUCCCGAUUCGGAAGAUGUCUACCUUAUACGUUGGCUCAUCGCCCGUGAUUUCGAUUUGGCCAAAGCGGAGAAAAUGCUACGGAAUUCGAUAGAAUGGCGUCGCAAAUUCAAAAUCGAUGCGCUUCGGGAAGAGCUCAAGGAACCGGAAGUGUUGUCAAAGUACUUUCCCGCUGGUUUCGUCGGUCGGGACAAAUCUUUCAACCCUCUAUGGCUCGUUCGGUACGGAAAGACGGACAUGAAAGGAAUUCUACGUUCAACUAAGAAGAGAGAUUACGUCAUGAAAGUUAUCCACCUGGUCGAGAGCAGCAUCUGGCUGGUGAAGUCCAAUCCCGAAACGUACCGGCGCUCUCCCGACGCCAUAGUGCAGUCCACCAUCAUCUUCGACAUGGAAGGGUUCACAAUGCAACACAUCACCAACAAGCAAGCUAUGGAAUCGGCCAUCAAACUAAUCCAAGUCUACGAGGCCAACUAUCCCGAAUAUCUCCACCGUGUGUUUGUCAUCAACGCACCGACAAUAUUUGCCAUUGGGUUUUCCAUGAUCAAACCGUUUUUGAACGAGAGGACGAGGAACAAGAUUCAAAUAUUCAAUCACGAUAUCAAACAAUGGAAAGCGGCACUUCUGACGGAAAUUGAUGCUGAAGAGUUACCUGCUUGUUACGGUGGGAAAAAGACCGAUCCCGAUGGAAAUCCAAACUGCGCUACAUUGGUUAACAUGGGCGGAGUAGUUCCAAAAUCUUAUUAUUUCAGUGGCAAAUCUGACACGACCAAUAAGACGCCGUUGACGGUUGCCAACGGAUCCAAGGAGCAUUUGGAAUUCCAAGUGAAAAGAGCUGGCGACGUCCUCAAAUGGGAUUUCCAUACAGAAGAAGGCGACAUUGCAUUUGCUUUGUAUAAGAAACAAGACGGUGAAUUGAUCCCGAUCGUUCAUUUCGAUCGAGUUGAUUGCGACAUGUCGACCGAAGAAGGGGAACUCCAAUGUGAUGACACCGGUGUCUAUGUUGUCGAGUUUGACAAUAAUUUCAGUUACCUCCGCUCAAAGAAGAUUUGGUACUCGAUCAAAGUGGAAUCGGCUACGGCUAGGGUGAACGGCACCGACUUGGAUAGCCCGUGACUAAUAAAUCUGUAAAAAAAAAAUUUCUGUCAAGAAUUUAAAUGCUCAAAUUGUUAUAGCCCGAAGAAUUAAGACAAUUAGUUCUUUGUUUUUCAAUAAUGUCGGACGGGAAAUAAAUUGUGUGGGGGGUUUAAAAAAAA